AUGUCACCCCACGCAAUUCAAGAGAAAACGGUUCCAACGGGGACAAACAACUGGUGGAAAGAAGCCACCGUCUACCAGGUCUACCCAGCUUCCUUCUAUGACUCCAAUGGCGAUGGCUGGGGUGACAUCCCCGGCGUUGUUGAAAAAGUCCCCUAUCUCGAGUCGUUAGGCGUCGAUGUUGUGUGGCUGUCGCCUAUGUAUGACUCCCCCAUGCACGACAUGGGCUAUGACGUUUCCGAUUAUGAAAAGGUGCUACCUGCGUAUGGAACCGUGCAGGAUGUAGAGAAUCUUGUGGAAGCUUGUCAUUCGCGGGGUAUGAAAGUGAUCCUAGAUCUUGUCGUCAAUCACUCCAGUGAUCAACAUGCUUGGUUUCAGGAAAGUCGGAGCAGCAAAGACAGCGAAAAGCGUGACUGGUACUUCUGGCGUCCCCCUCGAUAUGAUGAUGCUGGAAACCGGAUGCCACCGAGUAAUUAUCGGGGUUAUUUCGCCGGAAGCACAUGGACUUGGGAUGAGAAGACAGAAGAAUACUACCUACAUCUUUACGCCAAAGAGCAGCCUGAUCUCAACUGGGACAACAAAGCCACUCGUGAGGCCAUUUACAACAGUGCUGUCCGGUUCUGGCUCAAUAAGGGUGUCGAUGGCUUCCGGGUUGACACCGUCAACAAGUAUAGCAAACAUACAGACUUUCCCGAUGCCCCUAUCACGGAUUCGAAAAGCUACAUACAACCUGCCAUUGGGAUGUGGUGUAAUGGGCCCCGCAUUCACGAAUUCCUACGAGAGAUGUACGACGAUUCCUUCGCUCCCUACGGGGAUGUAAUGACAGUCGGCGAGUUAGCCAACACCCCCGACCCCAAAAAUGUUCUUGAAUACGUGAGCGCCUCAGCCAAACAGCUCAGUAUGGUGUUUCAUCUGGACAUUGGACACAUUGGCAUGGGACCCAGUCUCGAGGAGAAAUAUAUCUUGACUCCGUGGAAGUUGACCAAAAUGAAAUCUAUCGUGGAGAAGUGGCAGACCUUCAUCGAGGGUACCGAUGGCUGGACGACCGCGUUUUGUGAGAACCAUGACAACGGACGUUCUGUCUCACGCUUUGGAUCGGACUCUCCCGAAUUCCGAGAAAUAUCUGCCAAAAUGCUUGCUCUAAUGAUGGUUACCAUGACCGGCACUCUGUUUAUCUAUCAAGGACAAGAGAUUGGUAUGAUCAACGCCCCUCGCGAAUGGCCCAUCGAGGAAUAUAAGGAUAUUGAAGGACUGGGCUAUUACCGCGAAGCGGAGCGACAGAGUGCUAGUGGUGCCGACACCACGCGCAAAGAUCUCAUCAUGAAUGGUCUUCGUACUUUGGCUCGCGAUCACUCCAGACUGCCAAUGCAAUGGAAUGACUCUGCCCACGCUGGCUUCACUACCGGACAGCCAUGGAUGCGUGCACAUGAUCUUUACAGCGAGAUCAACGUGAAGAAACAAGAAAAUGAUUCUUCGAGUGUACUUUCAUUCUGGAAAGAUGUUCUGCGCUUGAGGAAAGAGCAUCGAGUCCUGUUUGUCCAUGGCGCAUUUGAGGUUCUUGACUAUGAAAACCUAGAGACGUUCUGCUUUUUCAAGUCCAGGGAUGACACAAAGGCAUUGGUCGUUCUCAAUUUCACGGAGAAAUUGCAACCAUUCACCCAGAUUGACAAGACAAAGGGCAUGAAGCUACUAGUGGGAAACUAUGCUGAAUCCUCCCCCGAAACCUUGAAACCCUUCGAAGGGCGUGUUUAUAUUUGA